CGAGACGCGGUCAGCGCCCACGUACAUCUUCAAAUGCCCCCUCACCUCCGUUGUAGGCCACAGCGACUCCCGUCCACCUCGCCGACUCUUCUCGCCAAGCUCGCCUCAUAUCACUCCUCGCUACGCAAGUUCGCUGCAUUCCGUCCCCUUUUUUUGCACUCCUGUCCCAUCGCCCUUGCCUUGCACUUUCCGCCUCGCUUCAUCGUAGUAGCCUUAGCUGACCUUUCUCCCGUGACUCACAACACACUGGCCGGAAUCCUACGAGACAACCAGAAGUGUGUGACGCUCAUCCUGCAUCCCUUAGACUAGCCAUUUCUUCUGUUUAGGGUUUCCAAUUUCGUGUGUGACCACAGUGAAAGCAUGAUAGGAACAGGAGUUUAUUCGUCCUCGCACAUGCUCCAAGGGUCUCCCCCGUCACCUGACAAACGCUUUAAGACCCUUCCCCCAGCGGAGUCUCUACCUAGACAUGAAAUCCUUGGGGGCUACAUCUUUGUUUGUAACAACGAAACGAUGCACGAAGACUUAGAGCGACAGCUGUUCGGGCUUCCUCAGCGAUACCGCGACUCCGUGCGAGCAAUCCAACCGGGACUUCCGCUCUUCCUGUACAACUACACCACGCACCAGCUCCAUGGAGUAUUCGAGGCUGCAAGCUUUGGCGGUACUAACAUCGACCCAACGGCUUGGGAAGACAAGAAGGUGAAAGGAGAGUCCCGGUUUCCCGCGCAAGUACGCAUCAAGAUUCGCAAGUUUUGUCGAGCGCUCGACGAGGACGAGUUUCGGCCGUUCCUUUUCCACUACGACGGACCCAAGUUCAGACUAAUGCUCUCCGUGCCCGAGACGCUUGCACUUUUGGACUUGUUUGAGGAACGCAAUUUCCCGUACCAGUACUUCAGCCACAUCAAUAACUGGUGCCGCAAGAGUCCCCCUCUUCCCAGUCCGUAUCAAGGCCGUAGCCGCCUAAUGGCUGGCUGAAGAGCGUUAUUGCGCUCUGGUCCAAUAAUCAUUGCCGGACCUCGCUUCAUACUAAUAACCUUACCAACAGAGUCGCGUGCUUGGGAAAAUCCCCCAGGCCCAUUUUUCAACGCAAAUGAAGCAGCUCGCUCGCUGCUUCUCUAGGAGAGACGGUAGUUGCUAGGGAGAGAAGCAUGUACAUAGGAUUUAUUACUACAUCCCUUCACAUAUGAGACCAAAUAUUGAUGCCUUGUAUGCAAACCUCAAAUUGAAC